AUGGGUAUCCUAUCAUUGCUUUUGGACUGUGUCGUUAUCUCUACCGCUGCUGCAGGUGUAAGAAGAACUGUUGGUUAUGACCUUGCCAACACAGUUCUGUCCAAGGUUCAAAAGCCAAGGACCAAGGCGUUCGUCUCUGGAUUCUUCAAUGUGGGAGAGUGGGUUGCCGAUAAGAGCACAGGCUUCAUGCGUAGACAAGUGGCCUCACACAAACUGGAAGACUAUCCAUUGAAACAGCGUGCCAAGCCUUCAUUCACUGUCAAGGAUCUUGAGCAUCCAUCAGAUAAGACUCAA